UUAGCAUGGUAAUGAACCUUCGCGUAAUAAUUAUCGGCCACCAGGCGCAAAGCUUUCUGUGAAAAGUUUGGGAAAACUGCCGGCAAUAUGGGAGAUCCACCGUAAUUUUUUCCAUAUGCGUUCGAGCCCGAGAAUACCAAAACACUAUUGGCCAAUAACAACUACGGAUUGUCCGACCAGACCGAAUCCAGACAGCCCCUCUGCAGACCUAACGCUCGCGCUAAGCUGCGCAACGGCAUACGUCUGCGCGAGCCUUGAGCAGGGUAAAAGUCUUUUCCAUCGGGUGUUCAUCAUGAAGGGCGAGUUUGGAAUUGUCUUCCUGCUUCUGUCCUCUGCCGCUUUUGCUAAGAAGAUGCGCUGGUGCACAGUAUCCGAGCCAGAACAAAGGAAGUGUGCAGACUUAGCUAAAGCACUAGUGGCUUCCUUACCUCCAGCUGUAGUCACAGCCUUCGCCCGACUGUCCUGUGUGAGGGCCUACAGCACAACUGACUGUAUCAAUAAGAUACGGGGUAAUAAAGCUGACCUGGUGACUCUGGAUGCCGGAGAGGUCUACUCUGCAGUAAAGCAAUUUGGUCUCACAGCAGUGGCCAAGGAGAUCUACAGUGAUGGUGGUUGUAUCCUGGCAGUGGCUGUGGUGAGGAAUAGCAGUCCAUUAGACAUCCGCUCUCUGAAGGGAUCGAGGAGUUGUCACAGUGGGUCUCGCUGGACUGCUGGCUGGAAUCUGCCUGUAGGGCACCUCCUGUCUCGAAACUACCUGCCCUGGGAAGAGGAACAGCCCCUCAGUCAGGCCGUUAGUGCCUUUUUUAGUGCCAGCUGUGUGCCUGGAGCAGCUGCUAUGGCACUCAGCCUGUGUUCCCAGUGCCAGGGUCAAAGAUCAUAUGUCCCACAGAAGAACUUCCAUUGUGAGACUUCUCACAGUGAACCAUUCUAUCACAACCAUGGGGCGCUCAGGUGCUUGCAGUCUGGAGCAGGAGAUGUGGCCUUUGUGGAUCAUACAGCUCUGGACAGUAUAGCUGCAAGCGAGAAUAAAGAGUACAAGUUACUAUGCACAGAUGGUACAUGGGCUCCACUCAGCCAUUUCAGGAAGUGCAAUCUUGGGCGUGGUCCUGGCGGGGGUGUGGUCACACGAAUGAACCACCGCAAGAUUGCCCGCAAAUUUCUGAUAGCUGCUCAGAUGGCGUUUGGCUGGCAUGGGAGAGAGCGUCAACGUUUCCAGCUUUUUAAUUCAUCAGUUUAUGGAGUGAGUGACUUGCUGUUCAGCGAUGUGACUGACAAACUGUCAGUCCUGCAUGAUGAUGUGGACAUCAGUCGACUUCUCGGACUAGACUAUGUGUCUUUGCUCAAAGGCCUCAGACAUGAAGGUAGUUCUCUGGAGGACAGUGUGGUGAGGUGGUGCUGUAUAAGUCAUGCUGAACAGAAGAAAUGUGAGCAGUGGGCUCUCAGCAUAAAGUCUGACCCUCUCGUAUGUGUCAGAGCCUCCUCCAUGAGGGACUGCAUUGAGAAGCUCAAGAGGGAUGAAGUGGAUGCUGUCUCCCUGGAUGCUACACACUCUUUCAUUGCUGGGAAAUGUGGUCUUGUCCCUGUAGUGACUGAGUAUUAUGGGAUGAGGUGUGAAUUUACUGAUGGAGAAAAUGGCCAUUUUGAGACUAAAGUACACUUGCCAUCAGUAUAUGGUGUGGCAGUGGUACGUCGCACCAGUAGAAAUAUAUAUUUGGGGAAUAUGGGUGGUCGACGCUCCUGCCACGGUCAUAUGUACAGCCCUGCAGGAUGGGUACUGCCUGUGAAACAAACACUGAGCACAGAACACAACAACAGUGCCACCUGUGAACCAAACAAAGUUUAUUCUGAAGUAUUUUGGAAGGGCUGUUUGCCAGGAGCUCAGGGCAGCCUGUGCAAGGUGUGUAUAGGUGGAACAGAGGAGGCUGCCACCAAACGCUGCUCUGACAACCACAAUGAGCGCUACUAUGGAAACCUUGGAGCACUGCGGUGUCUGGUUGGAGACCCCAGUGGCAAAAGCUUUGGAGAUGUAGCAUUUAUGGAACACCACAAUUUAGAGAGUAACGUUGAAUAUCUAAAUAGCAGUGGCUGGGCUAAUGGCUGGCUUGCCAGGGAUUUUGAGCUGCUGUGUGGGGAUGGAAGGCGGGCUCCACUGACGGAGUGGAAGAGCUGUAACCUGGGAGCUGUACCACCCAACACUGUUAUGACCAGACCUGUACUUACUGCUCGCAUCUAUGAUUUCCUCAUGAAGUCACAGGAGACCAUUGCAGCAGGCUUGGACUCUGAAUUCAAGCUAUUUGAGUCUCAGCAUUACGGUGAAAGUGACCUGCUGUUCAAAGAUGCAACACAGUGUCUGGUCCACACCAGCCAUUUGGAUUACCACACUAUACUGGGAGAAGAGUUUUAUUCAGAGGCAGAAAGCAUCUUUAACUGCACGCAUUCUGAUAUCCUGAAGUUUUGCAACCAAGAUGUGUGCAGCAUUUUCUGAGUCUGAAAAUGACAUGACAUCGGUUUAUUUUUUCCUAUGUUAAAUAAUUUCCAAUGCACAAUGAAUUCCUAAUCUUCUGAUUUAUUGGUGCAAUCCAUUUGACUAAAGUUUCCUUACUGAGUGCUCUAAACAUCUAGGAAUGAAUGCUGACUAGUACAGCAGUUAAAAACAAAUACAUAAGUGACAUUUUGUAAGUUAUCAGUUACAACCCAUGAAAAAUGAAUUCGCCAACAAAUUAGGAAGCCACGGGACUUCAGUUCCCAUCAUGCACCUUAAAUUUCUGAGGGGAAGUGUUUGCCGAUAACCUACACGAGAAACCUUACAUUGGCAAUGUGAGGUCUGUAGUCCUUGAGUAUGUGGGAAAAAUUCUCAAUAUCGGUAAGUUGUUUAUUUCCGUAUUGUUAAAGGGCUUGAAAACAAGCUUGCCAGAUCGGAACGGUGUCACUUUUAAAAGUGUUUGAACUGUGGAAAUGUCAUAGCUACUACUAUAUGUCAAGAAGCCUUCACUUGGAAUAACGAAUAAUAAUUUUGUUCUUAUGUAAUGUAAGGUUUGCAGAAUAUACAGACUUUGUCAAUUCUGUCUUCUGAAGCGGAGAGAGCUCCAGAAGUCUAUUAAUAAUAUUCUGUUACGCGAAUUAGUGAUCCAGUCGGAGCCUUCCUUAAGAUAUUGAUCGACACGGUGAAAUAAUUUAACACAAUAAAGUGAUAAACAUGUCA